UAAUUUGUCUAUUUCAAAAGAAAAUAAUAGUGAAAAUAUAUUAAGUAAAAAAAAAUUAAAUAAUAUUUUGCAUAAUGUCUGCAUCACCGACCGCUCGCCAAGUACUAAGCAUGCCUGUAAAAACUAAGAGAAUUACUAUCUCUGAUCCGAUCCAAAUGCCGGAGGUAUAUUCCUCUACGCCUGGCGGUACCAUGUACUCUACAACACCUGGUGGCACUAAAAUCAUAUACGAACGUGCUUUCCUAAAAGAAUUGCGUGGUUCACCGUUAAGCUUAUCGCCACCGGUUAAUAUACCGGUAUGCUUGUUACGCGGUACCCCUCGUACACCUUUCCGCAAAUGUGUGCCACCACCAGCAGAUUUAGUUAAGAAGACAGAGUCGCUGAAAAUCGAGGACCAAGAACAAUUUCAGUUGGAACUGUAAGCUGCAACAGCAAACAAGCAACCAAACCAACUACAUAUUCUCCUGCCUCUUGCGCCUCAAUCAACUUAUAAUGGCUGAUUGGAUUCGCAUAUAUACUUU